UAAUAAAUAAAUAAAUAAAUAACCUUCUCACUUCUUUCGUCUUCCCAGCAUCUUCCUUCCUGCAACCUUUCUUGGUCGGGCUUCCUUCGCUCUGAAUCUACACUCCACUCCACACUCGUAAAACUAAAAUCACUCUCCAUAUCUGUCUCGACGCCAUUUUUGCUUCAGAAUGAACCACAGCGUGCAAUCUUCAAUCUCUUCAUGUGCCGAAGGAGACGAUGAAAACAUAAACCAAUUGCCUGAAUCCUGCCAAACCAUAUGCUGUCCGAAAGAAAUCAUUAGUACUCUGCCGAGUAUCGUCGGAAGUUCAUCGAAAUCUUCGAAUGAAAAUGAAAAUGUGACUAACUUAUCCUCGGAAAGUGCCAUAGAUAAACCUUCCAAGAAUCCCCAAAUUCGUAAUUCUCGUGCAAAAAUGUGUUCGAAAACUAUGGAAAAUGUAAGUGAUCCGAUCGGUAAGGACUACAUUAUUCCUAGAUCGCAAUCGGUUGGAUCGAACGAGAAAGAAAAGGAACUAGCAUCAUCUUCGAGUGGCGAAUCCUUGAAUGGCGACACCGAGGAUUUGGUUCUUCGAUUGCUCAGAGAUGGAUUUCAGCUCGAUACAAAUGUAAUCCAGGAUGUUCUUGGUAAAUGUGGGCAUAAUGUUCCCAAGAGCAUCGACAAACUUCUUGAUCUGUCGGCAGAAUCUCUAGAGAAGAGUGACGAUGUACUUGGAAAAGCUUCGGAAAAUGCAGAUACUGCUGUCGACGAAGAAUUGGUAUUAUCUGAGCCACAGGAAGAGAAUGAAAACAUCCGAAGCGAAAUUCUAGAUGCAAUCUUCAGAGUCCCCGACAGAGUCGAAGAAAAGAAUGAGCCAACUGUUCCAUUUAGGUCGAUGCGCAGCUCGCCGUAUGGUACGAUUGUGACGAAGCCACCCGAGGAGUCAUUCAUCGAAGAUUUUACAUUUAUUACGACGCAACCGCUCCGUAACAAAAGCGGUGAAGCUAACGAAAGUAGCUACGAGGAGUUGCGCGAAGCUGUGAAGGAGAAUUGGAAAAAAAUGAGGAGAUGCUACAAAGCUGCUGUGGAUGAAUUCAUUAAAGACAAUUAUAGACAUGCGGAACUUCUUAUGGAGCAGGGAAAGUAUUUCAUGAAAAAAGCGCAAGAAGCAGAUGAAAAAUCGACGCUAAUACUUAUAAAUGAAGGCGACGAGGAAAUUUUUUUCUUCAACGUGCAUUACCUAGAGCCAAAGGAGGCUCUGAAGAUGGUGAAGCUGAAUUUUAAAAAUUUCGCCGGUUUACCAUCUAUUAGCCACUUCAAAGUCGUGGUCGGGACUGGCGAUGCAGACAACAGGGAUGAUAAGCGGCGCAAGCGCCUGAUAACUAAGCUUUUGGAGAAGGAAGGAAUUCAAUGGACAGAAGAAGGAAAUGGUUGGACAAUAUCCAUCGAAGUGAGCUACAUUGAUCCUACUAAGCUCAGUUUUGCCCAGAAAUGAACUUCAAUUCUUUCACACAAAUUGUGUUUUUUUUUGGCAAUAAACUGUGAUAGAGCAGAGGAUCUCUAUCUUAUUUAUGUUUUUUCUUUAAUGAGUUUUUACAUUCUUAAAGCCUUCGAUGUCACAAGGAUUCAAUACAAAAGUAUAUACAGUGGCGACUAGGCUGCUAACGGUGUCAAGUCAAUUCUGGGUUUAUUUGACUAAGUUAGCAUAUUUAUUUGAAAAUAACAUUUUAUUGCUAUGUUGUGUUAUAUAUAAAUAUGUAUCGAGUGAAUUAUAUAGUAUUAAUUAUGUUAUUUGUGCGUGUUAAGGCCUCAAUAAUCACCGGCCAAAAUAUAUAACAAAUCUCCACUUUAUUUUGGA